UCGUUGUAUUUACACAUCUGUGCCUUCUGCGAGAGCAGACAUUUGGCACGCAGCCUUUUUAUUUCUAGAGAAGCAAGAUGAGCGAAUCAUUCGAAUUUAGGACGUUGGGCUUCAUCGGCCUGGGGGCGAUGGGCAAGCCGAUGGUGGUGCAUCUGGCGAACAAGCUCCCGCCAGAGUCUCGGAUAUACGUUUUCGAUGUGGUAGAGAAGGUGGUGGAUGAUCUAUGCGCGCAGUUUCCGAACAGAGUGCUGAAGGGCUCGAGCGCGAAAGAUGUCGCGCAGCAGGUGGUAAGCCAUGUGAUCACAGGGGGCGGAAGGGUGCUGAAAUAAAUCCAGGAAACUGUCAUCACAAUGGUGCCAGAGGGAUCCCACGUUCGAUCCGUCUACCUCGACCCCGAAAGCGGCAUCUGUAGCACCGACGUCGCGAAGAAGCUGCUCAUCGACUGCUCGACGAUAGACACGGCGACGAGCCUGGCUGUGAAGGAUCAUAUCGCGCAGAACUUUCCUACGGCCUCCUUCUAUGACUCGCCAGUCAGUGGAGGUGUUGUGGGUGCGAUCAAAGGCACGAUUGCAUUCUUCCUGGGCUGCGCGGAAUCCGAUCCGAACGUCAAGCGCCUCACACAUCUGAUGAGCAUGAUGGGCAAGCAGAUAAUCCCGUGCGGCGGUCCUUCGCUCGGUCUUGCGGCAAAGCUUUCGAACAACUACCUCUCGGGCGUGAUCGCUAUCGCCUGCUCGGAAGCCUUUGAUAUGGGUAUGCGCUCUGGCUUGGACCCGCGGACGCUGGCGAAGGUGUACGCUGCCGGAACGGCUCAGAACACAAUCAGUGACCGCUUCUGCCCUGUGCCGCAUGUGUUCGCAGAGGCACCGUCGACAGGAGGCUACAAGGAGGGCUUCAAGGUGCAGCUGAUGCGCAAGGACUUUGGUCUGGCGCUGGAUAUGGCAAAGCGGGUUGGGAGCAAGAAUGUGCUGGGCGAAGUUGGGCUGGCUACGUACGACGGCGCAAGCAAAGACCCGAGGUGCCGUGACCUGGACUCGCGGGUGGUGUAUCGGUAUCUGGGCGGCCAGGAGGAUUGGAUGGACAAGGCAAGGUCUCCAUAGAAUUGAUAGAAUU